CAGGAUUCGCUGUGUACCGUAGCCAAGGACAAAGUGGCCGCCUUUCCUUGCGCCAUUGGCCACGGCAAAGUGAUACGAAAGCCUUGGAGCCAUGCUUCUCCAGCCUCACCAUUUGGUCAUCCUGCUCCUCGUCGCUGCAGGUCGCUGCCUCGCGGCCAGCGGCAGCGUUGGCGAUGAGGGUAUGCAGUUCACCUACAACGGCUUCGCCGGCGUGAACCUGACGCUCGACGGCGCGGUGGUCAUGCCGAACGGCCUCCUCAUGCUGACCAACGGCACCAUACAGACGAAAGGCCAGGCCUUCCACCCGUGGCCGCUGCCGUUCCGCACGGCGCCGAACGCCACACGGUCCUUCUCGACCACUUUCGUCUUCGCUAUCUUCGGGCAGUAUUCCGAUCUGAGCAGCCAUGGCGUGGCCUUCUUCGUCUCCGCGUCCAAGGAGGUGCUCUCCACUGCGCUGCCAAGCCAGUUCUUGGGCCUGCUCAACAGCACCGAUGUCGGCAACCAGAGCGCCCACAUCUUCGCCGUGGAGCUGGACACCAUCUUCAACGCCGAGUUCCGUGACAUCAACAGCAACCACGUCGGCAUCGACGUCAACAGCCUCGUGUCCCUCGAUUCCACCGACGCCGGGUACUACGACGACGGCACCGGGCGCUUUCAGAAUCUAAACCUCAUCAGCCGGAAGGCCAUGCAAGUGUGGGUGGACUACGACGGGACGGCCACGGAGAUCACAGUGACCAUGGCUCCCCUGGGCAUGGCCAGACCCAAGAAGCCCCUUCUGCAGACCACCGUCGACCUCUCCGGUGUGGUGCAAAGCACGGCGUACGUCGGUUUCUCAUCGUCGACGGGCAUCCUGACCACACGCCACUUCGUCGUCGGUUGGAGCUUCGCGCUGGACGGACCAGCCCCGGCGCUGGACAUCCCGGCUCUGCCGGCCUUGCCGCGGGCCUGGCCUAAGCCGCGGUCCAAGGUGCUGGAGAUCGUGCUCCCCAUAGCGUCGGCGGCGCUGGUUCUCGCUGUAGGCAUCGGGAUUUACGUCUCUGUGCAGCGGCGUCUCAAGUACUCGGAGCUACGCGAGGACUGGGAGGAAACGUUCGGCCCACACCGGUUCUCUUACAAAGAAUUGUUCCAUGCGACAAAGGGGUUCAGCGACAAGAAUCUUAUCGGGGCAGGAGGCUUUGGAAGCGUGUACAGGGGCAAGCUCAGAAAGCCAGCCGACAUGGAGGUCGCCGUAAAGAGGGUUUCCCAUGAGUCGAGACAAGGGAUGAAGGAGUUCGUGGCGGAGAUCGCAAGCAUCGGACGGCUUCGGCACCGCAACCUCGUGCCGUUGCUUGGUUACUGCCGGCGCAAAGGGGAACUUCUCCUGGUUUAUGAUUACAUGCCAAACGGGAGCCUUGAUAAAUACUUAUAUGAUGGAUCUGCCGCUGCAUUGGAUUGGCAUCAAAGAUUUCACAUAAUCAGAGGGGUGGCUGCUGGGUUACUGUAUCUCCACGAAGACUGGGAGCAAGUGGUCAUCCACCGAGACGUGAAAGCAAGCAAUGUUCUUCUGGACAGCGAGAUGAACGGACGAUUAGGGGAUUUUGGUCUUGCAAGGUUGUACGAUCAUGGAUCCGACGCGCAAACAACACAUGUGGUCGGCACCAUGGGCUACCUAGCUCCUGAGCAAGGACACACCGGCAAGGCAACCCCAUCCACCGACGUCUUCGCUUUCGGUGCAUUCCUUCUAGAAAUCACAUGUGGGAGGAGACCCAUUGAGCAAAACGAGCGCAACAAUCGCGUCGUGCUUGUCGAUUGGGUGGUCGAACUAUGGCGCAAGGGCGUGAUUAUUGAUGCAGUGGAUACAAGGAUUCCUGAUGGGUUUAGUAGGGAUAAGAUCUCACUGGUGCUGAAACUUGCCUUGUUUUGCUCCCACCCAUUGGCCAAUGGAAGGCCAACCAUGCGGCAAGUGAUGCAGUACCUCGAUGGCGACUUGGUCCUUCCGGACUUGUCACCGGCAUACCUCAGCUUCACCAUGCUGGAGCGGAUGUAUGAUGGGGACUUCAAACAGAACAUGAUGCCAUACACGUCGUCAUCCGCUAGCAUCGGUGCUAUCUCCCAGCUCUCUGGAGGAAGGUGAUGAGGUUCUUGCAUAGGCUCAGCAAGCCAGGUUGUCUAAUUAACUAGAUGCUCUUAUGUAUCUUAUUUUAUUACUGGAAAUGUUUGAUCUCAGAUGGUUUAACUUCUUGUGACUGAGUUGUUAGAGAUGUUAGUCAGCAUCUAGAAUAUCUCCCUCGUGUAAUUACAAUAAACUCGGUGUAAUCUUCCUAGAAUAGAUGCUACAUACUAUGAGAGUCAUCCCCUGGUGUGUCUUCGCUGGAGUAG